UCCCCCAGAUUCUAUCUUUCUUUCUUUCUUUCUUUACCCGUCGCUGUCGUCGUCGUCGUCGUCGUCAACAUCAAUCGUCAAUCCAUAGGAGCUAGUAUUAGUAUACACGCAAGCAAUCCAUCCAUAGGAGUAGCUAGGCAGCCUUCCCGGUAAGCCGCUUCCCCUCGCUUUCGUCUUGAAUUCGUUCCUUCUUGAUAGGUGACCAGAGGAAAGCAGAGCCUGUAGCGUCCUUGUCACAGGAAAAUUCACCGCAAUGGCGCCAAGGCAGCUCCUCGCGCUGCUCUUUCUGUACUGCGCCGCGUCUGUCUUCUCCCUGGCCGCGCCCUCCCACGCCGCCGGCACGCCGGACGGGUCGGAGGAGUGGGGCUAUGUCCAAGUCCGACCCAAGGCGCACAUGUUCUGGUGGCUGUACCGCAGCCCGCAGCGCGUGGACAACGGCACCACGCCAUGGCCGACCGUGCUCUGGCUGCAGGGCGGACCGGGCGCGUCGGGCGUCGGGUACGGCAACUUCAUGGAGAUCGGUCCGCUGGACGACGACCUCAAGCCCCGCGCCACCACCUGGCUCGCCAAGGCAGACCUCCUCUUCGUGGACAACCCGGUGGGCACGGGGUUCAGCUUCGUCGAGGGCGGCGACAAGAGUCUGAUGGCACACACGGACGCCGAGGCGGCGCGCGACCUCACGACGCUGCUCUGCAGCCUCUACCGCGACAACGCCCGCCUGCAAGGGAGCCCGCUCUACAUCGUGGCCGAGUCCUACGGCGGCAAGUUCGCCGUCACCACCGCGCUCGCCGCGCUCAAGGCCAUCGGCCAGGGACGACUCCACGCCAACCUCGCCGGGGUGGCCCUUGGAGAUAGCUGGAUCUCACCAUUGGACUUCGUGUUGUCGUGGGGGCCAUUGCUGUACCAAAUGUCCCGGGUCGACGAGAACGGCCUGCAACAAUGCAACAGUGUGGCGAUGAAGAUCAAGGAGCAGCUGCAUAAUGAGCAGUACGCGGACGCCGAGGCGUCAUGGUCGGAGCUCGAGGGCGUCGUCCUCGCCAACUCCAACUCCGUCAACUUCUACAACUUCCUCAAGGACGACGCGUCGGAGGACGCCACCAGCACGAUCACGACGACGAAGCGGUCGCUUGCGUCGUUCAGGACGAAGAAAGGCUACUCCGGCUACCUGAGCUCCAAGGCAGCCGCUUCAGCCACGAGGGAGGGCGGCUUCGACGGCCUCAUGAACACGGUCAUCAAGGACAAGCUCGGUAUCAUCCCCAAGAACAUCAGCUGGGGAGAACAGUCCGGCGAUGUGUUUGACGCUCUCGCAGAAGACUUCAUGAAGCCCAGAAUACACGAGGUUGAUGAACUCCUGAACCUUGGUGUCGAUGUUACCAUCUACAACGGACAGCUUGACCUGAUCUGCGCGACCAAAGGCACAAUGGAUUGGGUUCAGAAACUCAAGUGGGACGGCUUGAAGAACUUCACGAGCUCACCCAGAACGCCCAUCUACUGCAAAAAGGAAGGGCAAACCGGCACCCAAGCCUUCGUUAAAUCCUACAAGAACCUCAAGUUCUACUGGAUUCUAGGAGCAGGGCACAUGGUACCAAUAGACAACCCUUGCCCUGCACUGAAGAUGCUGGCUGACAUUACACAAUCUCCUGCCCACUAGAAGAUGAUGAUGCUACACUGCAGGCUGAUACCAAUUUAAGAUUCUUUUCUCUUUAGUUUAUACUUACAUUCAGUUUUCUUUUUUUCUUCUUCCAAGCAAGACAUUCAGUUUUCUUUUCACAUAGAAAAAUUGGUGAUGAUAGCAUUCAUGAGACAGGAAAGAUAGAAAAGAGAGAGAAAUGAGUACACGGAGAUAGAGCUGUUUGACUAUA